AUGGCGCGGCUUGUCACGGUGCUUCUUUGGGCCGCUGUGGCAGCGGUCGGGUUGGUUCACGCGCAGCAGGUACCUGCGAUUGACGUCGAGGAUGGACAUCUUGUGUUGACUGCACAGGCCGUCGAGGUGGACAAUGGCAGCGUACGCUUCUCGCUGGUUGACGACCACGCGCAGCUGGCGCAGGCCGUCGCCGAUGUUGCAGUCCUUCAAAGCCGUCCAGACCCCGAGGUCGGCGAUGCCCUCACCAUGCCGCAAGUGCAAGCUGCUAUCAAUACCUCCCUGGAACCAUACAGCACCAACGCUGCCACACAGUCGUGGGUGCAGUCCACUCUGGGUGCCUAUGCCUCGACGGCCCGCCUGAACAAUACCGUGGACGCAGCCCUUCAAGCGGCUCAAAGUGACACCCAGGCCUGGGUAGACAACCGGUUGCUGUCUUAUGCUCAGACUACAGCCGUCGCCGCCACUAUCAACGCCUCCUUGCAAGACUUUUGGGCCGCUACCGAGCCUAGCGUGCAGGCUUCCAUUGCCAGCAGCCUUGCCCCCUAUACCCCGACGACUGAGCUGAACGACAAGCUCGCCGCAAUUCACGACGACGUGGCGCCGCUAAUCAACGCGACCCAGGCGGAGAAUAUCGCAGCUGCUGCCAUUCAAGCAUAUGACAACGAGCCCAAACCUGUUCGCCUUCUUGCCAGCUCGGGCGCCUGCGAUGCCAGCCGCGAGGGCGAACUGGGCAUUUCCGGGAAUGGAUUGGUGAGCGUCUGCCUGAGUGAGACGUGGGAGCCCGUUAGCAUGCCGGCGGAUGAGUAUCCCUCUUGCCGUGCCAUCAAAGAUGCCUUGUCCACGGCUGUGGAUGGCUACUAUACGGUGGUGCGCGGUGGCUCGGCACGACAAGUGUACUGUGAUAUGACUACCGAGGGUGGUGGUUGGGAGUGGGUUGCCACCAAAGUGACACCAGCGUUUGACGCCAUUGGAUCCCGAAAAGGAAGCCCGCCCAGCUUGGUUGCCGACGCUGCGGGCCAGUUACCUUCGGACUUUCCUUGGACACAGGUUCUCUUCCGAUUUCAGUCACCGGCACUGGCUAACAUCUACACCGUCUACAAUCGCGGCGCCAACUCUGGCUUCGACACCUUUCUACAGGGGAGCUUUCAACGCAAUCGCAUCGUCGACACGGGCGGCUUUUAUCGCGUGGUCAACGGCACCCGCUUUCCAGCGACUGGUACCGCGGUCGUCCAACGGCUUCACUAUUACACGAAUAAUGGCGUCUCGGAGUGGCAUGGUGGCUCGAACGUUUGGCUCGACCUCUGGCGUUCAUCGCCUUCUCUCACCGAUAAGCAAUACCUUUACAGCGAUGACCCUGCAGCCGUUGGGACCAAGUGCAUUGCUGGAUAUUGCUACCUGAAUGAACCCGUGUGGUACAUGAUGCGCGAAGCACCGGCCAAUACCGUUCAGUCUUCUUGGCCGCGUCGCCACUGGUCGUCUUGCGCACAGCUAAAAACGUUUGCAUCCACGGCAGCACAGCAUGACGGCCUGUACGCUAUCGAGAUCGAAGGUCACAUCAAGACGGUGUAUUGUGAUAUGACGACAGCUGGGGGCGGCUGGACCGUCUUUGCGACCAAAGUGACACCGACGUUUGGGGCAUUUAGCAACUUUUCGACUGGUCUUCAUCUGUCUUCAGCGACGGCCAGUGAUAGUGCGGGACACAUUCCCUCGCAAGCGCAGUUCAACCAAGUCUUAUUUCGCUUUGCAGACAGCAGUGACUAUGUUGUUUACACGCGGACGAAGCGCGACAGCACUCUGGACACUUUCUUUCGCGGCACGACCUUGAGUCUCGCCGGCGAUGAUCAGGGCAGUUGGUAUCGAGUGGUUGGCAAUUCACGUACGCCGACAACUGGCGCCAUGGCAGCCACUGGUACCCUCUCGGCGAGCAAUGGCGGCUUGUCCGAGGCCGAAUCUGGUGACUAUCGCUGGGUCAACAUGGCUGUCGUGGCGGGAAGUGGCGCACGUGCCGUGUCCGUGGACAACAUUACGGCUGCCAACACCAAGUGCAUCGGUGGUGUGUGCCGCAGAGAUGGCGUCAUUCUUGUUGCGUAUCGUGACGCGGCCAGUGCCAGCAUCGGCGAGCCCGUGGACAGCAUAUGGCAGUCUUGCUCAGAAGUGCGCUUGGCGGAGAAGGUCGAGACCUCGGGAUUGUAUCCCAUCAGUACCAAUGGUCGCACCAUCCAGACGGCUUAUUGCGACAUGACGGUGCAGGGCGGUGGAUGGACCUUGUUUGCCACCAAGGUCUCCACCAACUUUUUGUUCACGGUCGGGCUCAACGAUCCGUCCAGUCUGAGUUCGCCGGAUCGCAACAUGGCCGGUUCAAUCCCUGACACCAGCAUGUACAAUGAGAUUCUUUUCCGCUUUGCGGGCAUCGACAACUACUACGUCGUCUAUCAGCGUACCCAGUUGACGCCGUUUGAUCGCUUCCUGUACGGCGAGGACAUUGGUACAUCUCCAGAUGUUUAUGGCUUUUAUCGCGUGGGCAAUGGUGUGCGCUACCCAUCGUCCGGCGUGACCACUUUCCCAACCAUGCAUCUGUAUCAAACCAGCGGUAUUUCUGAACAACACGAUGGUGGCUCGGAUCUUUGGGUCAACAUGUGGAGUGGCCGCGAUGCCUCAGACAACUACCUGUCAUCGGACACGGCUGCGGCAGAGGGCACCAAGUGCCUGGCUGGCGUGUGCCGUCAGGAUGAUCCAAUCAUGCUGAUGUUUCGCACCAACCUGGAUGCUGAGCAGGUGUUGCAUGCCGAUCAAUGGCCCAUGUAUCCUCGUUAUUCGAGCUGCUGGGAAAUUUUGCAGCAGACGGGUGCUUCCCAAGAUGGCAUGUACAUGAUCAUGCGCCAGGGUGUGGGUAUGAUGACCUACUGUGACAUGACCACGGAGGGAGGAGGCUGGACGUUGUUUGCCACCAAGGUCUCCCCCACUUUCAGCCCCAUUAUUACGGAGAAGGCACCUGCUCCACCGGUGCAGCUUGCAACAGACAUGGCGGGCAACGUUCCACGCGGUACUGGCUAUCGUCAAGUGCUCUUCCGCUUUGCUACGGUGACUGACGUGUACACGGUAUACUCGCGCCGUGAAUCUGACACGACCGGUUUUAGCGACUUUCUCAUGGGUGCGGACAAAAGUGGAAGUGGCGUGAGUGUUCAGGAUUUUCAUACCGUGCGCUAUGGCUCUCGCUACCCCCGGGAAGGGCCCGCAUCGGCAGCCUCGGCACUCCCUCUCUUCUGGGGCCCCAGCGGCAUCACAGAGCACUUUUCCGACGGGACUGAUGCUGUGAUCGGGCUCUGGGCGUCAUUGGAUUCUAGCAACAACUACCAGUACUCGGACAGUGCUGACGCCAUUGGGCGCAAGUGUGUGGCUUCGGUUUGCCUCUUGAACGAGCCUGUUUUGUUUUUGUAUCGUUAG